GUAUGUGACGAGAAGCCUUCUUAGUUGGAUUAUGGUAACAUGACAUGCAGAUCUUUUUCCAAAUUUCUGACUGAUGUAUAUUAAUAUCACGGGAACUACUUUGUAAUAUUAAAUAAUUGAAAUAACAGAAAUUUUGGUAAACUUAUAUUUUAUAAUUCAUCAUGACACUUAUUAAUAAGAUGGAAAUAGAUGAAAAAACUGCCAAGGGGGAAGGAUUUAAACCAUAUUAUAUUACAAAAAUUGAAGAGCUUCAAUUAAUAGUAGCAGAAAAAAGUCAAAACCUUAGACGACUACAAGCACAAAGAAACGAACUAAAUGCAAAAGUACGUAUGCUGCGAGAGGAGUUGCAACUUCUUCAAGAACAAGGUUCCUAUGUUGGAGAGGUUGUAAAACCAAUGGAUAAAAAAAAAGUGUUAGUAAAAGUUCAUCCUGAAGGAAAAUUUGUGGUAGAUUUGGAUAAAAAUAUUGAUAUUAAUGACGUAACUCCAAAUUCACGAGUAGCUCUUCGAAAUGAAAGUUAUACCCUUCAUAAAAUUUUACCUAAUAAAGUGGAUCCUCUUGUCUCUUUGAUGAUGGUUGAAAAAGUACCAGAUUCAACUUACGAAAUGGUUGGUGGUUUAGACAAGCAAAUUAAAGAAAUUAAAGAAGUCAUUGAAUUACCUGUUAAACAUCCUGAAUUAUUUGAUGCGCUUGGAAUAGCACAACCAAAAGGAGUACUCCUUUAUGGACCUCCAGGUACUGGAAAGACUUUAUUGGCAAGAGCCGUUGCUCACCAUACAGAAUGCACUUUUAUUCGAGUGUCUGGAUCUGAACUGGUUCAAAAGUUUAUUGGAGAAGGAUCGCGAAUGGUUCGAGAAUUAUUCGUAAUGGCUAGAGAACAUGCACCAUCUAUCAUUUUUAUGGAUGAAAUUGAUUCCAUUGGAAGUUCUCGCAUCGAAUCUGGUUCAGGAGGUGAUAGCGAGGUACAACGUACAAUGCUUGAGCUCUUAAAUCAAUUGGAUGGUUUUGAAGCUACUAAGAACAUAAAAGUUAUCAUGGCAACUAAUCGCAUUGACAUUUUGGAUCCAGCUUUAUUGCGCCCUGGACGCAUUGAUCGAAAGAUUGAGUUCCCUCCACCAAAUGAAGAGGCUAGACUGGAUAUUUUGAAAAUUCAUUCCAGAAAAAUGAAUCUAACUCGUGGUAUAAAUUUAAGAAAAAUAGCGGAAUCGAUGCCGGGGGCUUCUGGUGCAGAAGUGAAGGGAGUAUGCACAGAAGCUGGUAUGUAUGCUCUUCGUGAAAGACGUGUUCAUGUUACUCAAGAAGAUUUUGAAAUGGCAGUAGCUAAAGUUAUGCAAAAAGACUCAGAGAAAAAUAUGUCCAUCAAGAAAUUGUGGAAAUAAAUUUAUUUACUUAUUAUCAAAACUAACUUUAUAUAUUACUAAACAUUUUUUCAUUAUAAACAAUAAAAUGAAAUUAAACAUUUUUUCUUAUAUGUACAAAA